UCCAGCGCGUCUCGGCCGCAGCGCUGUUAACGGUUCCGUGGAGGCGAAGCGUCCAUGGGCAGCACCGACAAAGGAGCCAGGAUGGUGUUAGUUCAUGUCGGAUAUCUGGUUCUUCCCGUGUUCGGUUCAGUAAGAAGCAGAGGAGCACAUUUCAGCAGGCACCAGCAUAGCCAUGCUACCUCCUGUCGCCAUUUCCACCUGGCUGCCACGGCAACACCCCUGCCUGCCGAUUUCCCGCCCGCUCCUCUGCCUCCGCCCCAGUACCCGGAGGUCCCGCCCACUUUCCUACCUCAGGCCUUACAGCAGCAAUACCUCAUACAGCAGCAGCUACUGCAGCGCAGACGUACGCAAGAGCGUGUCCCUCUGAACACACACAGGUUACGCCCUGGAUACGAAUACUCCCCGCCCCUUCAUGUCCCACAGCCAAUCGCACAGCAGCCCAGAUACCUGGCAGAGGGCACAGACUGGGAUCUGAGUGUAGAUGCUGGCUUAUCUCAUCAGUAUCCGCUGCAACAGAUCCCUCAGCCCUACCAGCAUUACUUAGCUUCUCCCAGAAUGCACCACUUCCCCCGGAACACCUCCUCCACACAAGUGGUUGUCCAUGAAGUGAGGAACUAUCCGUAUCCUCAGCUCCACCUGCUGGCACUGCAGAGUCUGAGCCCCAACCGCCACGCCUCUGCUGUACGAGAAAGCUAUGAGGAACUGCUUCAGCUAGAGGACCGGUUGGGCAGUGUAAGCCGAGGAGCCGUCCAGACCACCAUCGAGAGAUUCACAUUCCCCCACAAAUACAAGAAGCGAAAGCCACUGGAGUUGAAGCUGUGUGAUGAGGAGGAAGAGUCAGACGUUGAUGAGAAAUGCACCAUUUGUCUCUCUAUGCUGGAAGAUGGCGAGGAUGUGAGGCGGUUGCCCUGCAUGCACCUUUUCCACCAGGCGUGUGUGGACCAGUGGCUCGCCACCAGCAGGAAGUGUCCCAUCUGCAGAGUGGACAUCCAGACACAGCUCACACCUGAAAGCUGAAACACACAAACACACACACCCACACACACAAAGACUCAGCUCAUGCCUAGGAGUUGAAGCACACAGACACCUAAAAGCUGAGAUACGCCUACACACACACAAACACACAUGCUACUCAUAGACACGAUGCACUUGCUAAGACAAACACACACACACACAAACACACACACACACAUUAAAGGCUCUUACUUCCUCUACACACACAGUCUGACAGCUAACAAAGUCUUAUAUGAACCCCCUACUCUCUCUCUCUCUCACACACACACACACACACACACACACACACACACUCUAUGAGAUCAAUGAGCCAUCUUACACACACUCACACGCUUUACUGAGCCAAUGAGACUCUCACACACUUACACACACCCACACACAUACACACAUGCUUUGAAGGAUUUUACUGAGUAAUGUAUAAGGGAUGUUCUUUAUAGGGUUGCUAAGUGUGCUAUGUGUGUUUGUUUGUGUGUGUGUGUUUUAGUAGCAUAUGUGUGUGCAAUUCUGAAGCCAUGCCCCUAGUAAAAGACCCUUUGCUUGUAGCCACACACACACACACACAUAUGCACACACUCACAGGCUUGUACAUGUGUGCAUUUAUAUCAAGCUGCUGUUUUCUCAGUAAACAUGUAUGUUUGUGUGGUGUGUGUGUGUGUGCAUGUGUGUGUGUGUGUGGUGUAUGUGCUUGCAGUACUGUACGAAAUUCAGAGAUCACCCUUUGUUUGCUUAAUUUCGACUCACCCAGGCCUUUAAACACAAGCAGACUUAUUUUUCAAGACAGUGUUUUCCAAAAGCAUUCAGAAGUUCAGAAAUGUGAAAAUUGGUCCGACAAAUUUGUUCGCCAAGUCAGUUUAGAAUGUUACCUUACCAUGUCAAAAUUCAUUUGCACGAAGCUGAGACACUCUCAACUAGAUUUGUUUUUUUUGUCUCUUGCAUUCUCUCAUAGGAAACGACUGGUCGUUUGCCGCUUUGUCACUUGCCAGGUGUGGACAACACACCCACCACCAUGUUUAACAGAUAAAGUGGUUUGCAUUGAAUUUUGGGCAGGAUGCAAGGACAAAUAUCCUGUUGAUUUCAGCAGAAACACUGAAUAUAUUUUCAAAAAAUUAAACUUGUACUUAAAAGCCUGUUCCACGGUGAGUUAGUGCGAGGGGUGGUCUCUGACUUUUGCACAGCGCUAAACAUGCUAAGGGUCUUACAUGAUAGUUAGCUGUGCCCUAAUGUUCUUGUAGAGAAGCCAAAAAGACACACACACAGAAAACAGACAAAACAAGCAAAAAAAUAUGUAUACAAACAGAAGCAGCUCCCAUUACUCACCACAGAGACUGCAGGAGGGCGACUGAUUGGCUAUCAUCGGAUGGACAGAUGGUUUCUGAUUGGUGGAGGGCUGUAGAUAGACGUCUGGAGCAUUGUGACCUAGUAGCUGCAUGAAUCUGUGUUUGGGCUGUUCUUUAAAAGUGUACGCCUGUCAGUAUGUGAGUGUGUGUGUGUGUGAGUGUGUGUGUGAAUGUGUGUGUGUGCAUGAAUGUAAUUUAGCUCCUUUAAGCUGUGAUGAUCUGUAACACUACCAGACUGAUGUAGCGUGUGUGUGUGAGCCUGAUUGUGUGUGACUGAAUGUAUUUGUCUGAUUGUGUGUCUGAGUGUGUGUGUGUUUGUGUGUGUAUGAGUGUAGUGUGAAACCCUGCCAUGACCUUUGACCCUAAAUGCCUACUGAAGAAGCACAUGUGAGCGUAGCUAAAGCGCCCAGCCUCUCUCUCUCUCUUUCUGGUGCUUCGUUGCCAUUUACGAGUAUUUAUUAUGACUAUUAAUAUUAUUAUUGAAUAUUUAAACCUGCAGUGUUUGGAGGGGGCGGAGCUUGCGUGUAAAACUGUGUUUUUGUUUGGCGUGUGCGCGUGAGACAGGCCUCCCCUCGUUGGUCGCUAUGCUGGUCGCUAUGCUGGUUGCUAUGUCGGUUGCUAUGCUGUAUUGCUAGAACAACUAUUUAGAAUGUGGUGUGAAGGAGGAGCAUCCACCAAUCGCACGCAAGCAGGGGCGGAGCCAGCACUGAGGGAUUUGCAAAACUGUAUUUUUUUUGUUGUUGUUGUUAAGAAACUUCUCUUAUUCUGUUUACAUUAUUUUUUUUCAGCAGUUAAAGAGCAGGGAUGAGAGUUGGCACAAUUCCAUAAUAUUGUAAUUUAUUAGGAAAGUCUUUUACAUUUUUUUUUAAACAUAACUCUGAACUUAAAGGGAAGUUCUGGCAUAAAUUUACCAUUUUUUAUGUUUUUGUUGUGCUAAUGUAGUGCAGCGUUUUAUCGUUUUACUCUGUUUCAACUUUCUGCAGUAUUUCUGAUGCUUAUAUCUAUGUUUGCUCUUACACUACAUUACCCAGCAGCAUGAAAUUCUAGUAGCUUUCUAGUAGUAACAUUAGUUAAAUUAGUUAAAUAUGACCAUAAAAAUUUACGACAAAGUGCUUGUAGUUUUUUAAAGGCUCCUCCCACUUUUCUACAGACAUAGCAUGUUUACAACAAUGAGCCACAUGAGCCAGAAUUCCCCUUUAAAGCACAUCCCAGGCUGUCCUUCUAUAGCUGCGCUAUUACCCAGGUACAACCCAAAGCACACAGCUUUCCCUCAGCCAAUGAGCUUCAGCUUCCCCCUCCUGCCUGAGUGUCUUGCUUGCUGAUUGGUGGAUGUUGGCUCGCGUUGAUAGUUUACACAGGGUUUUGUCCGUUGAAAUGCCUUAAGUAUUUAACAAUCAUAAUUUAUGACUAACUGUAGAUACCGUGGGUAUGUAUUUAAUUUUGUAUAGUUUUUUUAUUUCAUUUUUGGAAUUGAAUCAUUCUUUAUUUAUUUAGGAAUAACACUGAAAAAAUGGAGUCAGACUCUUACCUCACGUUUGCGUUGGUUUGCGGGAAUGCUUCGCAUGCGGGUAGUCGUGUUCGUGUGUGUUUCUUCCUUGGUGCUGUGACCUCACUGACAUUCCGCUCGCUGAUUGGCCGGACGCAGCAGCGGAGUGGGAGUGCUCUGGGUUUUUGAUUCGCUGUUUGAGUCCUGUUUGCACUCUUAGUUUUCCAAGGCCACCCUCUCACUGGCAUGUUUUAUACCACUCUGGCAACCUUCAUUAUACAAAUACUCUCUCUCUCUCUCUCUCUCUUUUUCCCUCUUUCACUUCCUUACUUGUACUUCUUUCUCAUCUGUUACCUGCAUUUCUUUCUCCUUCUUCUCCCCCAUUUUCUGUUGAUUUUUUUUAUUCUUUUGAUUUUUUAGUCAAGAUUGUAACGUAAGUAAAUACUUUGAGAAUGUAUUAUUUGCUUCCCAACUUCAACAUAAUUCAUGUAUUUGACAUUUUAAAUAAAAACAUUGAGAAUAUGACAUUUGACAUUAUAUAUUAAAAUUUUUGCUUGUAGUUUCAGAUUUUUAUUUUAUUCUUUUUUGGUUUGUUUUCGAAGUCAGUAAUUUGUCAAAUACAUUAAUAAGUUAAUAUGUUAAAAUAUUUUUUUAAGAUAUCCUUGCCAGAAACAGGGGUAAAAUGGGCUUUGCCUUUUACUUCGCUCAACUUUUAUUUUCAUUUUAAUUUUUAAAAAAUCUCUGUAAUUUUGCUUAAUUUUUCAUUCCGGCCAACUUGGUUCUUGAGUUUUUAUUUCUUUUCUUUUAUUUUAAUUUAAUUUUCUAUCUCUCCCUCUUUAUAAAUACUUCCCAGGUACUGCAUCACCUUUUCACCCAUUUACUUCUUCCUCAGCCAAUCUGGCAACCUCUUUCUCAAGGGCAUUCUCUCUCUCUCUCUCUCUCUCUCUCUCUCUCUCUUUCACUCUUUUUCUUUCUCUCUCUGCCAGAGAAUGUUAGCAUUCUAGCGCAGGGUCAGGAUGAACAGAGUAUAAAAGCACAAAUGAUUUAAAAAUGCAUGUUUUACUCAGGUUUGAAUAUUUAACACAACAAGCGUAGAAAUAUACAGUUAAGACUAAAGACUAGUGCAGAUAUUCUACUAAUAUUUCAGAGGAUUAACGUUUGCGUUGCUGCUGCUUUUGCGUCUGAGAAACAGGAAUGAAUAAUAAUAAUAAUAAUCUUCAAAAGGUGCCAGUGACAGGGGUGCCCUGCAGCUAUAGGUGUUUUUGUUCACUAGAGGAGUUUCUAGCAGAAAGAAUAGAGUAUUUAUCAUUCAUAUUAAAGCAAUAGCGCCUCCUGCUGAUGAGACUGCUGAUAUGUGUGUGGUCGAGUUUAUGAAAAAAAAAACUGUGUAAAAUGUUAGAAUUAUCUUUUGGUGGAAUUUUUGUACUUUAUUUAUUACUACUACUAAUAUUGAUUUUAAAAGUGGCAUCGCUAAACCCAAACUCUUAUUUCGUUUUGUUUUUAAGUUUAAUGUUUCAUUUCAAAGCUUGUACAUGAUCCUUUUUGUAUGUGCUCUUUUAUAAUAAAAGUGGUGAAAAUGUCCAAACUAA